ACUGGGAGUCUCGUUCUUCCUGCGGUUGGAGAUCAGAGGGGCUAUCUGAAAGCUAACGGAGCUAGCAGCGUUUCUUUAUCUCUGCAUAGUUUAAAAGACACUGUUAUUAUAAUCUGAUUUCUGUGAUUGUGUCAUUGUAAGGGACCUUAUUAACCGCCAAAUUAUCUCAGACGCCGUUUUCUCUUCGCCCCCGCCCGGAGAACAAGCUGAGCCAUGUACAAUGGGAUUGGCCUGACGACUCCGCGCGGGAGUGGCACCAAUGGCUACGUGCAGCGCAACCUAUCGAGUCUGCGGGUCAAGCGGCCGCGGGAUGAGCGCGGCGGCGAGCGGGAUGAGAAGGACCGGGAGAGGCUGGAGAGCCAGCUAAACAGGCAGCCAAAUGCCGACAUCCUGGAGCACCAGCGGAAGAGGCAGCUGGAGGUGAAGUGUGCCGAGCUGCAGGACAUGAUGGAGGAGCAAGGGUAUUCUGCUGAGGAGAUCGAGGAGAAGGUGAACAGUUUCCGCAUGAUGCUGCAGGAGAAGGAGGAGCCUGCACCCGCCUCCACUGAGAGACCAACGGUGACAGAGACGCAUGCCCUCGCUGCAGCCAACCAGCAGAAGAAUGACCGCCUUCGCGCUGCUUUUGGCAUCGCCAGCGAUUACGUGGACGGAUCGUCCUUCCACGCCGACCGCAAGGAGAAAGAGAAGGAGAAGAGGGAGCAGGAACGACUGGAGUGGGAGAGGCAACAGCAACAGAAAUACACGUUGCUGGAAGAUUCAGAUGAAUCAGAUUCUCCUCCAAAGAAGCGCAGUCGCAAGAAGAAAAAGAAAAACAAGAACAGAGACAGCAGCUCAGAGAGUCCCUCCCCAUCACCUCACAGAGAGAAGAAGAAAUCUAAAAAGAAGAAGAAGAAACGAGAGGUGUCAGAGGAGGAAGAAGACAGUUCCUCAGAGGAAAAAGAGAUGGUGUCAAAGAAAAACAGAAAAAAGAGUGAAAGUGCGAGUCCUCCAAAAGCAAAGCCAGGACGAGGCAGGAGCGCUUCCUCCAGCUCUGCUCACAGCAGCAGCCCAUCUCCGGCGCCACCAGGAUCACGUCAACAGGACCAGACUGGAAGAAACGUUGUUGAAGGUAGAAAGGGCAGCUCUCCAGACAGGAGGAGACGAGGCUAUGAGGAGCAGAGCCUAGAACAGGGCGAACGGAAGAAGCCCAAUCUUGAGAGGGAAAAAGAGCGACCAAGCGAGAUGGAGAGGACCUCCUCCAAGAGGAGACACGACUACUCAUCCCCUUCUCCCCCACCACAGCUGGCAAAAGCCACAGAGAGAGAGAGAGGAAGGAGGUCCAGGAGCAAGCAGAAGGAGAGUGAGAAAGGGAGGCGCUCCAGAAGCAGAGAAGUGCAGAAAAGAAGGCGUUCCCAGAGUGUGGAGAUCAUGGAGAAGAGGAGGCGCUCGAGGAGUGUAGAGAUGGAGAAGAGGAGGCGCUCGAGGAGUGUAGAGAUGGAGAAGAGGAGGCGCUCGAGGAGUGUAGAGAUGGAGAAGAGGAGGCGCUCGAGGAGUGUAGAGAUGGAGAAGAGGAGGCGCUCAAGAAGCUUAGAAAAUGAGAGGGAAAGAUCACGACGUUCAAGAAGCAAGGAGAAGGAGAGAAAUAGGCGCUCCAGAAGCAGAGACAUACAGAGGGGGAGACGAUCGAGGAGUCGGGAGAUGGAGAGGGGGAGACGAUCGAGGAGUCGGGAGAUGGAGAGGGGGAGACGAUCGAGGAGUCGGGACAUGGAGAGGGGGAGACGAUCGAGGAGUCGGGACAUGGAGAGGGGGAGACGAUCGAGGAGUCGGGACAUGGAAAGGAACAGAGGGCAGCAUUCAAGAAUAAGAGACACAGAGAGGGUAAGGAGAUCAAGGAGUCGAGAGAUGGAAAGGGGGAGACGAUCAAGGAGCAGAGAAAAUGAGGGGGAGAGAAGUAAGCGCUCCAGAAGCAGAGACAUGGAGAGGGGAAGAUCAGCGAGUCCAGAGAUGGAGAGAGGGAGGCGUUCAAGGAGCAGAGAACAGCGGGACAAAGGAAAGGAGAGCAUCCCUCAGAGGACAAGACAUGAUUCCUCCUCAUCCCCUUCCCCUUCCCCUCUGAAACAGGAAACCAGGAUGGAAAGGAGCAAAGACGGAAAUAAACUGGACAAAAAGUCAAGACAUGACUCCUCCUCCACGCCUUCGCCUCCCCCUGAAAAAGAGAGAACAAGGAGGGAGAGGAGUAGAGAGAGGGAGCGCAGAACUAAUGAUCUGCAGUCAACAGUGCCAAACGAAAGGGAUAACAGGAAGGAUGCAAGGAGACUUGCGAGGGAGACGCCUCCUCGCCAGCAGAGAAAUGACAGGAAGAGGGACGGACAACCAUCCCGUGACUCCUUGUCACCUGCUUCCCACUCACCUGUCACCAAUGGACGUCAGAGGGAAAAGGAGAACGACAGGAGAGGAGAAACAGACAGAGAGUGCAACAAGGAGAAGGACCGGCAUCUGAACAAGCAGAGGGAAGAAGACAGAGUCCAGGAAGGCAAGAUGAAGCGGGACAAGGUUCGAUUGUCCUCAGAAAGCAGGCGAGAUGAAUCGAGGCCUGCCGAGAAGGCGGUGAGUGAAAGACCGGAGGUGAAGCAGAGGGAGAAGGAGAAGCCUGCUGAGAAACGGGAGAGCAGUAGCAGUAGCAGCAGCAGUAGUAGUAGCGGCAGCAAUAGCAGCAGCGACAGUGACAGUGAUAGCUCCUCAUCUUCUUCGUCAUCUUCCUCCUCCUCCUCGUCCUCAUCCUCUGAAGAUGAGGGCAAGUCAAAAAAGGCUGGAUCCCCACAGAGGGAGAAGGACGGCCUAGGAAAAGCUGCACUGUCCGCCAUCGGGAUUGCAGUCCAGAGACAUUUAGCCAAUGGUAAACAGCAAAGCUCAGCCUCUGAACGCCACACACCCAAAAGCUCCCAGAGGGAGAGAGGAGGAGGAGCAGGGGGAAGAGAUGCACCCGAGAGGGAAAGACUGCCUCAAAGAGCUCCGACAGAGGAGUGCUCACGCCGCACCAAAGGUCAGGAACGCUACAGCCCCACACAGAUGGACAGUCCCAGCCCACCUCCUUCCCCACCCAGCAGAGCAGACACCAGAGGAGGCAGGAGAUAUUCUCCCUCUGAGGCUGAUGGUGGGAGGGGGAGAGCAGAGGUGAAGGCUGGGGAAAAGGAGAGAGGGAGGGACAAAGACGCAACCAGGGGGGCCACAAGGUCUAGCCCCUUUGCCCGGAGGUCACGCUCUCCACCCCAGAGGAAAGCUACCGUCUCACCCCCCCGUCGCACUCCACCCAGGCAGUAUCAGGACCCCCCAGCCCGGUCCAGAAGAGUUUCUCCACCUCCUCCAGCCUGGUCAGACCGAGACAGGGACAGGCAGAGGCAGAGGGACAGAGACCGGGAGAGGGAGCGGGAUAGGGUCAUCAGGAGGACCAGGUCCAGAAGUCCAAGGAGACGUAGCAGGUCCACUUCAAGAGGUCUAAGAAGACGAAGCCCCCCCAACAGGCCUCGGCGGUCUCCGUCUCCACAGCGGCGAAGGAGGACAAGUCGCUCGCUCUCACGUGAAAGAGAAAGGGAGAGGGAACGUGAGAGGGUCAGGAGGAGGGAGCUCGAGCAGGAGCGAGAAAGGGAGAAGGAAAAAGAAAACCUGCAGCCAAAAGAUGUUCCCCAACCCCGCAGGUCUUCUUCCUCGUCAUCAUCUUCUUCCAGCUCCUCUUCUUCCUCUGCGUCCUCACAGUCACCUCCGCCAGAGAGGAAAGACAGCAGAGGACCAUCAGAGAGGGAAAGGAGGGCAGAUCAGCAGGACGAGAGGAGGGAGCAGAAAAGCCGACCCUCUUCCUCACAGGGCCCUUCUAGAGACUCUUCUCAUGCUCCACCCUCAGGUGGGAGAGGCUCACAGUCGGAUUCUCGCCGCUCUGAAGUGACCCCGCAAAGAUCUCUGGGGAGCAGCCAACCAGACGGCAAGCAGCCGCACCAGGGUCAAAGCGGAAAGCGGUCGCCGCCAGCCAGCCGCCAGCCACCCGAACGAACAGGCAGAAGCGAGAACGCUGUAAACGGGAAGGAGGCAGAGAUGAAGAGCAGCCGGAGCAGCAGCUCCAGCUCCUCUUCAUCUUCUUCCUCCUCUUCUUCCUCCUCCUCCUCCUCAUCAUCUUCGUCCUCUUCAGACAGCUCAGAUUCUGAAGCCGAGCAGGAGAAUGGGAAGGCAGCCAAAUCUAAGAGCUCUGCUUCCUCUUCCUCUGACAACGAGAAGGAAGCAAAGAAGAGAAGCCCCAUCAGGCCUCAGCGGGUGCCGGCUGAUUCGCUGAGAGAUUCUCGCUCCCUCAGUUACUCUCCUCCCCGACACGUAAGACCAGUGGCGUCCUCACCGAGCCGCAGAAGCAGCAACAGACGGUCACCGAACCAAUCAUUGAGCAGCAGACGAAGGAAAUGAGCCAACAGCAGACGCCUCCCUUCUUCUUCUGUGGUGUUUGAACUGGACUACAACACAAACUCCAGAGCCAGCAGUCAGCAGAUCUGCGUCACCGGGAGGUCUCCAGUGUUAGUGUUUCUUUUUGUUUUUCUUUUUUUUUUAAGCAGCGAUGGCUCGAGGCUGGCGUGUAUAUCUCUUUUUAUGAGCUCAGUAAAAACUUCACACAGUUAAGUAAAGCGUAACUCUAGCACUGUUCCUCUGUACCUGUACUCUGUUGCGUUUCACCUGUAGAUAUGAGCUGUCUGUAUUUUGGUUAUCAUGUGAGUUCCAUUUAAUGUGAGCGGAAACUGAAACGUGGUUAAUUUCUUUGUUGCAAAUGAUUAAUAAUAAUAAUAAAAGGCAAUU